AUGGGCAGCUUCUCAUACGCUGACGGUAUCUCCGUCGCCGAGCUUCUCGUCUACUUCCCCUCCAUCUUCCUUUCUGGAUUCCUCGUCUGGCGUCAUGGAUUCAAGACAAAUUGUGGUUACAUGUUCUUGGCCGUCUUCUCUCUCGUCCGUAUCAUCGGUAACGCCGCAAACCUCGCCCGACUCAGCAAAGACUCCCAAGGUCUCCGAACAACCUACCUGAUCUGUAGCUCUAUCGGUCUUACUCCUCUCUUCCUGGCCUGCUCCGGUCUGCUCUCUCGAGCUAACCUCUCCAUCCGUACAAACACCGGCGACAGCUUCCACAAGUCAACCUUCACCCUCUACCGUAUCUUCAACGUGAUUGCCAUCGUUCUCAGUGUCUACGGUCUUACCACCCACAUGGACGCCGAAGGUCUCGCCCACCCACCCGCCACCGUCAAGGUCAGCAUGAUCAUGUACAUCAUCUCCUGGGUAGCUCUGAACUUCAUGCUCCUCAUCCUGGUCGGUCGUCGCUCUGGUCUCGAGCCCGGUGAGGGCCGCACUCUGUUGGCAGUUGCCAUCUCCUCUCCCUUCCUGCUUGUGCGAACUGCCUACUCUGUUCUCACUUUCUUCGUGAACAACAAUACCUUCGGGCUUCUGAACCCCAACGAGACCGUGCAGCUUGUUAUGGAUGUCAUUGAGGAGUUUGCUGUUAUCAUUGUUCUCCUUAGCAUUGGCCUUACUCUUCGUGUGCGCUACUUCAACUACACUAAGGCUGAGGAGGAGGCCGGUAUUGGUGCUGUUUUCCACGGCCACUCUAACCGCUUCUAA